CUUCAGACAUGUUCGUUUGAAUGCCCUCUUCUACCGACGGCACAACCUCAACAACUGACAGCUUGUGUUUUGGUCUCGAGGCGUUUCUCUCUCUUUCUCAGCCGUUUCUCCCCUCAUGCUUGCCUUGUGUCGCUGUCUGCCGCGUCCCAACUCGACACGUAAAUUCAUCUACCGCAGCCUUCAUCUUCACUAUUCAACACUUUCUUCCUCGCGUAGAGAGCAAGUGACCAUUCCGUGCCGAUCCAAUGGUCACAUUACACUAAGUUUAUUUCAUCCUCUUGUAGCUUCGGGUCCCGCGCCUGCCAUCAUCUUGUAUCUCCCUCCUGGCCCUUUGCUACCCACUGCACUACCCACUGUUGAUGUUGGCGCCGCUCUCUCGUCGGUGACUUCAGCCACUGUCGUACAAAUAAAUUAUCGUUGUUCUCAUGAACAUCGAUACCCGACACCUAUUCAUGAUGUCUUGACAGGCUAUGACUGGGUCUUGGAGCAUCUGGUUCCUAGCAGGUCUUUUUACCGUCCUGGUCGAAACAUCAACCAUCGUGUCAAACUAGCCGUAUGCGGUGAACUCGUUGGUGGCAGUCUUGCUGCCAUGCUCACAUUGACUGAAUGUCGCCUUCAAGGACCGUAUGUUGCGGCUGCGGCCAUCAACGAACCCAUCGUGGAUUGGGUCUUUCCCGAAGACGAUGGUGUUGACGAAGAAUCUGUAGCUGAUCGCUUCUCUUCCUUCGUCGAAGCAUUACAAUCUGGCCGAAAACCGAAAGCGAAAUCAAAACCACGUCCGACAAGUUUUUCGACUUUCGCAGAGAGUGGUAUCCUCAACGCAAGCACAUUACUCAAGGCGAGGAACAAUCUCUUCAGAAAACAUGAUGACUACUUCGACACGUUCGCAAGUCCUCUCUUCAACUUUCGCACCGCCGGAAUUGCUGUGCCAUCACCUCAACCAAAAACUCCUGCAGAUGAUUUUGCCGAGUUGUCAUUGUAUGAACGAGAUGAUUUUCAUCGACAACAGAUGAAGAUGAGUUCAUUGUCGUAUAGACUGCAAAACCCGGACAUGCAAGCAGAAGAAACUGCCGAAUCGACGAAGAAGCCAAGGAAGAGUCACAAAAGAUGGCCCAACGCGGGCAGUGGACUUAGGAUUCCUCAGAUGCGUAUCUCAUCUGCAGCGACCAGUCCACUAUCAGACCAGGUUGGAGAGUUUGCCCGACUGAUACAGAAGAGUAUCGUCGCACAAGAGAUCAAGACGGUGGAAGCCGAUGGAGACGAUGCAGCCAAGGAAGCCGCAUACAUGCUUGCUGAGCGCCAAAUCUAUCACAGGACUUCAGAAAGCAUGCGCCUUUGGUCUCUUGGUCAGACUCACGAUUUGAAGCACAUUGCACAUUGGUUCGAACAGAUUCUCCAAUAGACAUGGACAAUCGAGGUUCUACAUAUCAUAUACCACUUCAAUCCUCAGAGGCACCUUUAUUCUUCUCUCUGUCCCCUUUCGUCAUAAACAGAUGGCACGAUGGCUUCGCAAAGUUUGGUCGACGUCUGGCCGUUCUCAAACUUCGCCCAAACACGAGCUUUAGUUUGUCAAAACGAAUUUGGUCUCGGCGAAAUGAGACAUCUGCUAAAAAUACAGCCGACGUUGUCGUAUUUCUUUGCAAUUGAAGCUUGUGGAUAUAAAGACUUCUCCAAUCUGAUGUAUGUUCAUUGG